AUGUACAUGGAGUAUGUCCAUAGGGCUCCGUCAGUAGAAGAGUUUAGUUACUUCUACGAUAUAAAGAGCGUGGGCCUCCAUAACGGCUUCUAUUGCUUUAGCAAAUGGGCGACUUCUGAAAUAAACGGUGUUGAGGGGAUGGUAUCGAACAUGGGUGACUGGAAGUCGAAGUGGUUUUACGUCUUUAAGGUUCCUGGGAUUAGGACUGACUUUAAUCGCAAACCGAAUAGACCAGCUCGACCAACUCUUGACGCGACUAGUAAGGAGACAGCUGAAAUUAUCGGGAGCCUUCCGGUACAAGAUCGCGACUGGCGAUUAUUGUGUACAACUGCAAAGUUGCGGGAACAUCAGCUGAUUCCCGAGAACGCGAGUCUUCAACGGGAGCCAGUAUAUAAAGAACCAUCUGAGAAGCAGCAAGAGCGAAUAGACAAGCGUCUUUCUAAGCAAACUCCUCGACAAAUUUCAGAUAUGACUUUUUUGAAGUCUGCCCCUGUCCUGAAGAUCAAACAAAAGGGUGGAACAGCGGCGACUUCGCCGGUCGUUGCCCAGAAGAGGAAGAGCGAUGUGAUGGCUUCGCUUGUCGCAGACUCUUCCAAGAAGUUGGCCAAGACCACUCAGGAUAAGGGGAAGAAAGUCGUCAUCGACCCUCCAGUUCGUGCUCGCGACUUCCUGGCCAUGCAGGAAAAGUUCCUGACUGAGAUCCCUUACGAGGAUCUCGUUGCUCGAUCUACUGAACUGGCCGCGCAAUCCAUGGCUUUGUCCAUAAAAGCCGCGGCUACUCCUUCGAAGGAAGCUGACUCGCUGAAGAGGCAGAACGCCCAUUUUCAAGAAAAUAUAAAGAAGCUGAAGCAGGAUGUGGCGAGGAUGGAGAAAGAGCUUGAGGAGCUGAACAAGGCCAAGGAGAAAGAGCUCGAUGAACUCAGCAGAGCGAAAGAACAGGUGGAGCUCGAGGUCAAGAAGUCGCAGACAACGAUCAUUGAGAUGGCUCGCGACUUGGAGGCUGAGAAAGAGAAUGGGAAGAAACAGUACGAUCAGGCUGUGUCUAAUUAUAUCUAUACCACUCUUUCCAAAGUCCCCGACUUCGACUUCUCGCUUCUUGGAGCUGAAGCUGCUAAGAUGGCUGAAGCCUUUCGCGCCAUGUCGCCUACCCAGAGUCAAGGUGGGGGAGGCAACCUUCUGGACGAGGUCGAGGGUGUACAGGCUGAAGAAGUCGAGAAUGAGGUCGUCAGCAAGGUGGCGGACGAGGCUGCUCCUGAUGAGACUACUCCUGCUGCUCCAGACGCUUGAUUAUCUUCUGAUUUAUGUUGUUGUUUAAUUUCUCUUUCUUUUUUUUUUAUAUAUAUGCGGUACAUGGGUACUCGCACUUCUGUACUUGGACAAAUUUACUUUAUCUUUUGGACAAAUUUCUAUCCUCGCGGGGAUAGCUUAUACUUUAAUAUUUACGCAGUACACGGGUACUCGCGAUUUUAUAUAUUUUUAACUUUGAUUACAGCUCGGUGUAAUCGCAAUUUUAUAUACAUGUGCGACUUUAAUUACAGCUUGGUGUAAUAAAGUAGGAAAAUUUUCAAAGUUGGUAAACUAAAUUUAAAUCACUUGAAAAACUUAGCAAGUAAUUUUAUUCAUGCAAUCAAUAGUACAUGCGGGCAUAUAUCCCCCUAUACUUAGGAUUUUUUGAACAAAAAAUAUCUAAGUAUAAGUACACGAAUAAAUCGAAUAAUGCGAAUACUACUGAUAAUAAAAUUUCAAGCUCUCGCUAUUCCA